AUGCUGCUGCGCACUGCCACCCGGGCUUCUGUCUUCGCUGCUCUUGCCUUCCCCCUGAGAGGGGUCUCUGCGGAUGACUUUCAAACUGACAUCGGGACAAUCACCCCAACGGCCAGUAUGUCAAGGGACUUUGUCUGGACGAACACGUCCAGCGCACCACCGCAGGCGACCGUUGAGAUUCAGUUCGACGGCCUGGUCGGCUCCGGUGUUAUAAACUUAACCAGCAAUUACGGCUUUACAGCUGUCAAUCUGACCGCCGCCAGCACCUCUACCACCUCCUGCGGCUCUCCAAAUCCAUUCGCAGCCAAUGUCACUUCUGGGGCGACUAUUCCUCCCCUUUCCACCCACAGCGUCUCCGUCACGAACCCUCCUUCGACGAAUGCGACAGUGGUUCACUCUGGCAACCCGUUUACGUCGCCGUCGCCACUGUCCACCACAGACGACGGGUCUCUUGGCUCAACCCAGAGCACAAGCCUUGGUCUUCCCUCUGCCACUGUCUCGUCCGCCGAGAUCAGCCUCUUCACCGGUGCUGGAGGGCGAUUGAGAGUAUCUCCAGCGACUUUGCUGAUGUGGUUGCUCAUGGGCCUGAUGCCGACUCUUUCUGUCUGGAGCGACGAUUUCUAA